AUGGCUCCUGGCUCCUUGAGCCCAGUCUACCUCCCAGACCUGGCCAAAUGCUUUGCGGGUGAUGUAAUGCUUCCGUCUUGGGACGAUCUUUUAGAAGCGUUAUUGUCUCACGACACCAAGAGAUCUGAAUUCGCCGUGGAAGUCCUUUCUGGUGAACGACCUAAGCGAGUUCUCUCGAAAUCAAUUCCCACUUUCUCCUCCACGUCAGGCAAUUCAAAGACUGCAUUCGACACAACCAUUGCCACGGUUCCUCCUUCAGAUUCGCUCUACAACAUCGACGAGAUUAAGUCGGAUGCGCUAUGGCUGAGUAAACAAACUGGACUAGAAGAGUUGGAGGCCCUCCGCGUGGUUUUCUUAGACUGGCAAUACCGGCCCGAAUCCAGGCUCCAAGAAGGACUGUCCGUAGCUGAAAUAGCAAGUCUCAGGGAUGCUCUUGGGUCGGAAUACUUGGACAGGCAGACUCAGUCUCUCGCUGGAGCUCGCCCACGAGAUGAUUCGAUCUUCGAUGGUCAAAAUGCCCGUCGUGGCAGGCUUAUCCUUCAGUAUCUGCGACAACAGGUCACUGUGAUCCGCAUUCAUAAGGAACUCCUUGAUAUGAGCCUAUUACCCGCGGAGGCCAAAAUCGCAUCCUCUCAUCUACAGAAUUUGGUCACAGAGGUCCCUCAAAACGGGGCAGGGAUAGCGAACCAAGGAAUUGCAGACCCUUACAUCAAAGCAAUCCAGUUGCAGUUGGAAAUGUUGAGAACUGAUCGCGAAUGGGAUCUUGAGGUUCCAGAAAUCAUUACAGCUCAGGAGGCUUCACAAACUACGCGUCUGCAGACCAUUGCCGAGAUCCUAGAAAUCCUCUUGCUCAAAGCUAGGAGUCUUCCGGGUCGAGCUUCAACGACCGACUUGUUUGCAUGGCUGCAUUUCAUGCAGUCCGAAGACUUUUUCAGUACGUUUACAUCCGAACUUGAAGAGCAGCAGCUUGAAAUCGAAAGAAUCCAGCUCUCUGCAUCCCUCAUCACAGCGACUAUGUUUGCUCUCGCCUCCUCCAUAUCCAGUCUGACGACUACUGGUUUGUCGAACUCAUUAUUGCGGCAAACUGAUUCUGUAGAAUUCUUUUUUGAUCCCCUCGCAGCUUCGGAGCUUCAUGAAUUGGUCAUGGUGCAAGCAAAGCACAACAAUGUCCAAGCAGGACCUGCCGUUCUGUCAUGGGCGAUCAUUCUGCAGCAAAUCCGAACCCUCGCCUCUCAGGCCAAGGAAUAUCGUGAAAACCAUUAUGCGUCACGGAUUGGAGAAAGUGUUGCAACUUUUGAUGCUGCCACCGGUAGGCGAGGUUCCAGCGGCAGCACUGCAUCACUUCAGCAGAGUAUAUUUGAGGAUGUUUGGGACAAGAUAGCAAACCCCAAUGAACAGAUCGAUCCGGCAGAUUGGCUACUCGAUUGUGCCAUGGCUGGCCUUCAAAUUUUCGAGUAUAUCGUCCACUUGAGGAAACAUAUCGAUUCUCCAACAACGAUGCUCUCUGCAUAUAAAUUGCAGACUUUGCAGGAACUCGUUGCUGUUUCUGUUACCUUCCUAGGCUAUACCACAGAGUCCGUUUCAGCCCAGUUGGCUUUGAUGUCAACGUCACAGACGCAAUCCACAGGCCCACUACUAUUCGAUCCGUCCCUCGAACUACUACAGAACAGUGAUUUGGAGGAAGGGUUUUUCAAUACGGCGGCGCUGCGUUUCCCUUACGAGCCUCUGCCCUUUCUAAAGUUUUCGAAAGCAUUGGCUAGGACUAACGUCUGUGAAGAUGGCAGGCACUACGUUGAAUUUCGCAUGAAAUGCCUCUCGACUUUUACCCAAACAGCUACUGAUGACGUGGAUUUCAAUACUAUUCGAGAGGAUGAGAACGCGAACUUGGUUGUGCUGAACACUACCAUCAAUAUGCUCAAUCUCUCACAAUCACAGACCUUGAUGCUUGAAAACACCACACCAGGUAGCGUGAUGAACAGUCUCAUCCCUGCAGAGACGAUUGGGCAAGUCAUCUCAUAUUCCUUCCCGCCCGUCAUCCGAUGGCAGCACAGUUUCUCAGGCUUUGCAUACCUUGGCAAACUGGUGGAACUAUAUCAUCUAAGACUGGUCUCCACAGCACUGUCCCAAGUCGACUCGCCAGAAGAGGUUGUUGCUGAGAUCAUCUCGCUUGCGGCAACCCUUCUACACACGAUCACAGGUAACAUCGUUCCUGACGGUACUAGCGGCCCACAACAGCACUGCGUGCGGGUAUUAGACGAGCUCAGCACCCACAUGGCCCCAGGUACAGAUUUUGCGUACUGUAUAUUUGAGAUUCUUGAGCAGGAAUUGCAGUCUUUCCGUCGACGAUCCGCCGCAACUUUUGAUUGCAGAGUCCUUGUUUCGUGUCUGGACUUUGCUGUCGCAUUUACCAAGAUAAGGCCAGCUCAAGUUUGGUCCAGCAUCAAUCGAACCAGUCUGUUUUCCCAUCAUUCAGGAGUUGGGCUGAUGUUACCACUCAUCUCGACAAUUGAAAUGCUACUGUGUAGUUACGAUUUCCUCGAGAAGUGCAGCCAGCUUUACCAAACUCUCAUUGAGUCAGCAGUCACUCGCAGUUGCCCAGACACAUCCAUGGGAAGGAGGUCAGGGAGGGAACCGACUAUAAGCCCCUCCCUAGUUCUGCGUGUCCAAGGUCCCUUGCUGUUUGCAAUAACGGAGGCGAUGUUUAACGUUUUCCAACAAAUUCAGGAUUGGACGUUCGUGUCCCGCGAGCAAUUUGCACGAAUCAACUCCAGGAUAGCUAAAUCCUUUACUGACAUAUUGUGCUUCACCUUCAAUUUUGGCGAAUCUGUUGGAUCAACCCUUGACAUCAACAAUGCUUUCAGCCAAGCCGCCAAUUUCUUAGUAUCUGCCUUUCGAUCUGACCGCAUAGAUGACCUCCCAGCCAUCCCGAUUGUACGAUAUUUAUUUGCUGCUGGUUGUGGCAAUGAACGUACCACCAAGUCUGGGGCCGGUGACGGGUCCAAUUUGAACUCAAUGCUGUCAUUGACUAUUACGUUGAUCCGGCUCGGCAUGCUUCGAAACCUCCCCUUGUCAGUGAUCGAGGCGCAGGUGUUCAAUGGACUACCUGCUGUUGCCCGAAUUCUUCAGCUUUAUCCAUCGCAUAGGCCGCUUUGUCUCACUUUAUUCCAAUCAACGCUUACAUAUGUGGAUCAGCAUCAGCCCUCAUCCCUCUUGCGUCACUUUGGAUCAGCUCCUUGCCUUGACCUGGUCCACUUGCUCAAGCACAUUGAUCAACUAUCUCAGACCAGCCAAUCAAGAGAUGAGGUUUGGAGGCUCCUUUCAUUGUUAGUCAAGAGUACACAACAAUGGGUAGGAACACUCAUCUUGACAGGCUCCUUGCCAGAUGACUCUAGGAAGCUCAAAGGACAGGAUCGGCCACUUCGGUCACUUCGUGGCAAGACGUUUCUGCAGACUGUAGUUGAGGAGCUUGGAGACGUUGCAGCGCUGUCUCCUGUCGUCGCUCUUUCUAUGCUUCAAUUUGUCUUACAGGCCCAGUCGUGCUGGCCUUGGGUUACCGAUGAUUUGAAAUCUUCCACCCACUUCUUUUCCAAGCUCGUCAACUAUAUCACCAAGAGUAGAAAUCUACACAAAGACGAUGAAAUGGACCAGUCUCUACAAAAUGCCAUUGCAUCUCACGUGACAGAUCUGGCUACAACUCAUCUUCACUAUUCAACAGUGAAUCGAGACAAGUCCGCCAUUAGGACUUUUGCUCCUCUUCUUGAGUGGCUCGCAGCCAAUGCGAUUGAUGUUUCUAGUUACAAUGCUUCGCUGCAAACAAAUCUGCGAAAGAACUUUUCGGCAAAGUAUUGUGGUCUUGCUGUUACAAACAUCAGACGCACUGGGCUGAUUGAAAGACGGUACGGACCAAAUUUCUUCUAUGAUGUCGACUUUGGAACGCGACUCUUCUUGCAUGAUCCUUAUUGGGAUGGCGGGCAAAGCAGAACUCCGAGUCAGUCCUUCUCGGCUGAGUUCCGGCGAGCAAAUAACAACCUGUCCCUCGUCGACUCCGAGCUUGUCCUUCUGCGUAGCCUUCAUCACUUUUGUGUGGAACAUUGCAAACUCUUCGUUCGCGAGCGGGAAGACCAAGUGACUUUAGCGCAUAUUGUUCGUCACUGCCUCCAAGCCAAUGCUCGGGUGUUUUCCCCUGAGCCCUUUUUUGAAACCCUUCUCCAGACACGAGCAGAUCUGUCGCUGUCACUGCUUCGUCAAUUGUUAUCGGCCGAUGCCAAGGGCUCGAGCUUAUCCAGCUUACUCGAACCAGCAUGGAUAGCGCUCAGAGCUCAGAAUAGGAGUUAUGAUGAAGCUAUUGUCCAUGACGACCUCGUGUACUGGCGCUCCAUGCUCUCUAUCUUGGUUAUGAUUGUCCAGUAUCAUGACACGAGAACCCCAAAACCAACAAAGUUGCCGCAAACAAGCGCCUCCAUGGUCGUUCUUGAUCCUGCGAAUGUGGUCUUUUUGGAGAUGGCCACAACAAUAGUUGCGGAGGGUUUCAAGACAGUAGUAUCUACUCUGCAAGAACAGCAGCUGGGGACACCAGGAGCUGAAGCUGAAGGUUCAAAUCAUGUCGGGAUUCGCGAUGUCCUUCUGCUUCUCACCCUUUUCCAGGCCAUUCUAAGGCUACCACUCCUUGCUCAAUUCUCGGCUGAGUUGUCGGAGCGACUGAUCUCUUCCGGUGUCAUUUCAUCAUGCCUGCUGCUUUACUCGUGGUCUCAUUUACUCCGGGAUCCCGAAUCUAGUGAUCAGGCAGACUACGCUGACCUUAGCAUCCAGUUUCUUGUUUCACUGUCCUCGCUUCCACUGGUCGCAGAAGAGCUUGCAGUGGAAGGCGUACUUAGUCGCGUUUCCACUUCCAAAACCACUGAAUCUCUUCAACGCGCUCGCGGAGGUGUGUCUCACAUUGACCAACGACCUCGCUGUGGUCUCUUGUACCGGAUUUGGGCUGGCGGUUUACUCCCGCUUUGUCUGAACCUGCUUCACGCCGUUGGCGGAGUGAUUGCCGCCGAAAUCUCCGGAUUUCUGAAUCAAUUCCCCAAUCAGCUCGUGAGGGCGAGUACCAGUUUCAUGACAGGAACACAGGCGCGAAGAGAAGGCACCGAUGUUCUCACUUUCCUGAAGGCUAAUGAAUCCAGCACUCUUGCUCUGAUCUCGCAUAUUCUCUCCUCUUAUCGGGACGCCGGAGCAUCUGUGGCGGUAGAUCCAUCCGCACUCUCACCACUUUCCGGGUAUGACGAACAUCGCAAAGCUAUCAUUGAGGAUUUGAACAGCAACCUCGCUCUAGAACCACUAGAGAGGGAAAGGCUAACUAUCGCCACGAACGAUCGGGAACUAGAAUGGCAAAAAUCCGCGAACGGGGAUAUCCUGGAUGCAAAAAUCGUGAGGGAGACGAGGAUUGCACUAGCUGCGCUUAGGCGGGAGGAAGAUUAUGAUGAAAAGUAA